AUGCUCACAUCGAACAGAUUUAUCUGUCAAAACCCGUUGUAUCUGACACUACCUGAUCCGCCGCCAUUCACCACUGCUGGUCUUACUGAAGUCUUUGAUUCGUAUUGGCAAGAUCAAGUAGAUCGUCAACUUGCUGCUGCUGCUGUUUCUGGUACCCAGACCCUCCUUCGUGCUUGUCGUCCAUCUGUCUCUCGUCCAGAUCCCAUUCUGUAUCUGCCUAUUGGUCGAUCUGCUCGUAGUCGUCUUGUGCGGUGGCGUCUUGGACGUUUCACCAACAUGCGUGAAGAAUGUCCGUGCACUACCGGUGAGUUUAUCUCCCGAGAUCACUUUCUGACAUGUCGCGCUCUGGAUCAUACCUUGUUUGAUGCCUUGCCACCUGCUCCUCCUGGUAUCCAUCGCAUUGAUCAUGCUUUGAACUGUCUUCCAGACAAGGCUUCAGCUGGUCCACCGUACUUUUGGUCUGCUUUGCUCCUUUUGUUGCAUGCCAUUGAUUGCCUUGUGCAUCCUCUGGCUGUGAUCCCACCAGAUCCAGAUCCUGGAUCGCUCUGGUUUUCUGCUCAUUGA